AUGAAGAUCUGUUUAUAUCAAGUAGUACUGAUAUAACUAUUAAGUUUUGGAUAAGCAAAAUUAAUUGAUCUGUAAAUAAAUAAUUAGACCAUAGUAGUUUGGUUUCUCCAUUAAGUUUAAAUGAAUAACAAAAUCAAGUUAUAUCUUAUGGAAAUGAUGGAUUGAUAUUAGUAAUUGAGUAAUCAGAACGUAAUAAAAAUUGUUUUGUAAAAUAAUAAUAAUAGUUGAUUGUCUAGGAAAUCGAUUGUGCUUUCUCAACGAUAAUCUAUUCACAUUUCAACCUUAGUCUGGUAUUUUGAUGUAUGUCUAUGAGAUGAAUAGUGUAAGUAAAUAGUUUGUUAAAUCAAAAGAUAUUGGUUUAAAUCAAGGUAAUGAAGGUAAUUGCUUAUUUCCAUAAUUAUUUAUUAACUAAAAAUAAUUACUUGUGAAAAAGCAUGAUAUAUAUGUAAAUUUAAAAGGAAUAACAGAACAUGCUGAAUUUAAAAUUGAGAAAUCUAUUCAAUUUGAUACAAAUGUUUUAUUUGGAUAAUUAAUUGUCAAUGGAGAAUAUAUGAUUACUUUGGAUGAAUCAUCAUAUGAAAUAUACAUUAGGAGAUUCAGAGAAGAAUUAGAUAAAUAGUAAAUUAAAUAAAAAUCAAAAAAUAAUAUUAUAUUCUUUAAAAUUUUAUGUUAUUAUUUUUAUUUUCUUACUCGUUAAUUUUAAAUAUUAAGUUUAUAAUUCUUUAAACGAAUUAAGAACUAACUAAGAAUCACAAAAAGACACAAUCACCUAGAUUUAUUUUCAAAAAUAUUUCCUAUAGCAAAAACAAUUAUAAAGAAGAAGGUUAAAAAUUUAUUAUUUCAACACCUAAAUAAAAAAUCUAAUCAGUAGUUAAAAUAUCUAAAGGCAAUUUUUGUGUUAUUCUCCAUAUUAUAAAUUACAAGGAUUACUUAUCUAUUCCUUUAUUUUUUAAAUAAAAAAGGAUAAAAAUUAUUUAAGAAUAAUUGUUUAUAUUUUGCCUUAAUUAGUUAUUGUUUUCUUAAAAUAAAAAUAAUCCGGGUUUUUGAGAUCUUUCAGGAACAUUAUCGAGGGAAUUUAUGA